AGAGAGAGAGAGAGAGAGAGAGAGAGAGAGGGGGAGAAAGUGGGAGAAAGGGUGAGAGAGAGUUGGGGUAGAACAGCAUGGAGAAAGAAUUCAUCACCACGGUUACCCUUCUGUUAGCUAUGAGUCCAGCUGAGUCAGAGGGUUUGGCAGUGACUGGACUUGAAGGAGGACAGGUGGAAAUCAAAUGCUCACAUAGAUUUGCACAGAGCAACAAAAAAUACUUCUGCAAGGACACCUGCACUGGUUCAGAUAUUCUGGUUCAAACUGACAGCAAGAACUAUAUUCAGAGAGGGAGAUACAGUAUAGAUGACAUAGGAGAUGGAGACUUCACUGUUACCAUCAAGAACCUGAAGAUGUCAGACUCUGGGACCUACUGGUGUGGAGUGAACAGAUUCUUCAUAGACACGACCAAGGAAGUGCUUCUCACAGUACUGGGCGGAUGUCAAAUCAAAUACUAA